AGCGGAGCCGGAAGCUACUGGGCUGGAACACCGACUUUGAGAGACGUGUGACUGACCCUGCGGCCAGGGCGGGAGCACGUACAGCGAUCGGGUUCCAGCGGAGAGAGAACGCAAACUUGGGGCUGUCGAGCGGCAGGUCUGACUGAUACGCAGAAACUCACCACACCUUGGAGCUGGGAGAACCAGAAGCUGGAGUAGCUGCUUUGGAGAACACAAAUGGCUAGAAGGAAACAACCCUCAGGAAAGAUCACUUGUUGCUGUUGUUACUACUAGCAAGGCUGUUUCUGUGACUUGUGUUUUUAGGAGUGUCUCUCAGGAUACAGUCUAGAGAAAAGUCUCCCAAAAAAGUGCCUCAAGCAAGGGAUGGCACUGGCCUUGAUCCACCCUAACAAGCGUGCAUACUCUUUGGCUCCCCUGAAUCUGAAGGAGGAGCUUCAGGGAUUCAAAGUUCAAGGGGACAGAAAAGGCGUUGGGCAGGAGCCAUUGUGCAAACAGUUCAGGCAGCUGCGCUAUGAGGAAAGCACUGGACCUCGAGAGGUUUUACGCCGCCUCAGGGAGCUCUGCAGACAGUGGCUGCGGCCUGAGACCCACAGCAAGGAGCAGAUCCUGGAGCUGCUGGUACUGGAGCAGUUCCUGACCAUCCUGCCAAGAGAUCUGCAGGUCCAGGUGCUCGAGCACCACCCAGAGACUGGGGAGGAACUGGUGGGAAUACUGGAAGAUUUGCAGCUGGACCGUGGAAAAGCAGAAGAGCAGAAGGACUCAGCCCAAAAAACCAGACCGACUGUGUUGGUUGGAGUGCCAGCCCUUCACAGAGAAGCACAGGAGCAGCCUGAGUAUGCAGUUCAGAAGCCUGAGGACAGAGGUAAAGAGACAAGGAGUGAGAAUGGGAAGCUCAUUGCAGGGACAGACUUUUGUGGAAGAGUGGAAUCAUCUUAUACAAUGUCUGAACCCAUCGAGGCCCAGUGUGAGGACCUAAGCUUGAAAAAGUAUCCAGCCAUGCCUGAGGAGAAAACUAACAUCCAAUGCUUGGAAACUAAGGAGAGACUUGUUCAGAACUCAAGCCUGAUUGAACUUGACAGGGCACAUACAGGAGAAAGGUCCUGUGACUCCGUAGUGGAUCAGAGUUCUGUUGCUCCUGACCAUCAGGAAAUCUCGAAAGAGAAAGGUCACCCCUGCCAAGAGUGUGGGAAAGUCUUUCAGAGAAGUUCACACCUCAUCAGACAUCAGAAAAUCCAUCUUGGUGAGAAGCCUUACCAGUGCAAAGAGUGUGGAAAAGUCUUUAGCCAGAAUGCAGGUCUUUUGGAGCAUCUCAGGAUCCAUACUGGAGAAAAGCCCUAUCUGUGUAUCCAUUGUGGAAAGAACUUCAGGCGAAGCUCUCAUCUUAAUCGACACCAAAAAAUUCACAGUCAAGAUGAGCCCCGAGAAUGCAAGGAGUGUGGGAAAACCUUUAGUCGGGCCCUCUUCCUCACCCACCAUCAAAGAGUCCAUGGUCGUUCCAAAAGACAUCACUGUAACGAGUGUGGGAAAGCCUUCAGUUUGACCUCCGACCUUAUUCGACAUCACAGGAUUCACACUGGAGAAAAACCUUUCAAAUGUAACGUGUGUCAGAAAGCUUUCCGUCUAAAUUCACACCUGGAUCAGCAUGUCAGAAUCCACAAUGAAGAAAAACCCUACAAGUGUAGUGAAUGCAAUGAAGCCUUCAGGCAGAAGUCUGGUCUCUUUCAGCAUCAGAGACAUCACCAUAAAAGCAAACUGGCUUGAUGAGGUUUUCUGUUUGAAGUAUCAGAAUGUUACAUUGAUAAACAAAAAGUCACUGCGGCUUCAGUGUUCUUGGAAGCCAUUUGCCUCCAUUCUUUCCCUCUCUUGGCUUUACUUAAAGCCAUAAUUGGAGUAUAAUAAUUUUACCCUAAUAGUGGAAUCAGAGUUAAACAAUUAUUCACUACAGAACUUUUCAGAGCUUUCGAUGUUAUAAGUACGUGAUUAGUUAUCUCUUAACUAGCUUUAUAUAUGAAUGAAGUCUUUUAAAUCAGCAAGUCAAGUGCCUAUAGAUUUAUACAGAAUGAGAUCAAGCUGAUAUUUUUGCAAGUGCUAUAGCAACAGGCUCCUAAAAAAUAAAAUUAAUGAGGGUUGGGGAGAUGGCUCCGUGGUUAAACCAAGUUGCUAUGCAAGUGUAAGGACUGUUUUGGACCCCCAGCACCCAUGUAAAGUCAAAUGAGUAUAGUGGCCAGCCUGUGGCCUGUGGUCCCACCCGUCAGGUGGCAGAAAUGGGACCUUUAGAGCAAGCUGGCUAGCCAGACUAGCCAUAUUCGCAAACUUUGGACUCAGGUAAGAGAGUUUGGAGAACAGUUAGUGGAGUUAUCGAGGAAGACUCCUGAUGAUAAUUUAAGUGCACAUGCAUCCAUACACAUGUACAGUCAUACAUGCAAACAACAUACAUGUGAAAGAAAUCCUAAGGAGCUAGAGUGAUGAGGCAACAGUUAACCCAUCUGCUCUUGCAGAGGACCCAUCCAUUUUCAGUUCCUAGCACCUCCAUAGCAUAGCAGCUCACAACCACCUGUAACUCCAGUUCCAAGGAUCUGAGGCCCUCUUCUGGCCUUCUCAGACUCCUGUACACAAUGGUCCACAGAAACUGGUGGAUGGACAGAUACACAAAACUGGUAAAAUAUUUUUAAGCCCAAAAUAAAUCUAAUAAUGCUUGGAAAUGCACAUUCGCAAGGGUCUACUAAUGUAGCUUAGCUGAACAUUUUUCCCUUUUGGGUUCAUACACACUGGCUUCAUAUCCACUUUACCCUUGUACCAUCAAUGGAUGCAUUUCUAAAAGCAAAGAUAGUGUUUGCUGUUUGACUGUAGAACCUACCGUUAGGAUUAGCUCACGUCAUUUUACAUUUCCUACCCAUUUUAACCACAGUAUCACAGUGUUUAAAAUUAUUUAAAAAAAAAGUUUUACUUAAACUAUGCAAAAGACUUUGAGUCAUUUGAAUGAACUGUGUUAAAUUAUUCUAAGCAGCAGCUUUCUUACUGAGCAGUGCCAGUACAGUGACUGCUUGAAGGACACUUUAAUAAAUGUCCCAUGGGGAAAAAUAGGGUUUUUUUUCCCCUUUGAUUCAUGUGAUGCAAAUUUAAAUGAUACUUACUUUGAAAUCAUUUUGACCAUUAAAAUCAGAUCACCUUGGAGAGAUGAUCAUAGUCCUGUCAUAUUGACUGUCUUGCUAGUGAUGAAAAGUAAUAACCUUGGAGUCUUCCUAAGCAUAUUACCAGACUUCUAAAUAAAGCUUAUGGUUGGUAAUUGCACAGGGUAUUCUCCAAGAAAAGGGCUUAAGUUAUGUUGCUUUGAGAAGAUAAGGGGACCCUUGUAGUGAUUACAACUUGGUUUUACUACACUUGGCUUACAAAUAAAUAGCAACUUAGAAAAGCUUAUUUUUCUUGUCCAAUAGAAAAGGAUAGAGUCAGUCCAAGACAGAGCCAUGGUAUCACUAAAUCUGAAUCUAGUCAGUUUGGUGCCAGUCAUAUCUAAGGAGGGGACAGGCCAAGGACUGUUAGGUGCAAUUCUGACAUUAAUCAUCCUUUUCAAUCCCUUUUAGCCAAACAUUUAGCUCUGCACAAAAUGGGACCCUCUUUCGUUGUUAACAUUUUGGCCUAAGAUACACUCUAAGUUGGGGAAAGCUACACAAAGGGGCUGGCUGAACCAAGAAGAACCUCUUUUUGACCUUUUGCCCAUAAUAUGCAUGUGAUAGUUGCAACUUCAGUAGUCCUAUGGCCUUAAAAACUGAUGGCAUGAACUAUGGUUAGGUCCUCAACACCACCAAAUUAAGAGUGUUAGCAUGUGAUCAGUCUCCUUGAUGCUUAACUCAUGUCCAUACCAAAACGUGCAUGUAACAGGCAUAUGUAACACUUGUAAUUCCUAAACCUCAGAGGAAAGCACCUGUUUUAGAACAUGCUUUAUAUUUCUACUGUUGAGCAUACUUUUAUGCAUUGAUUAAUCAUGUAUCACUGUUUGUGUGAAAGUGAUGUUCUUUUAACUUCCCCUUUUACUCCUAAACAGCAUGGCCCUUAACAAUUAGAGAACUAUCAAAAUUUUAAAUGUACAUUACUUUUCGUCAGUUUGUGUGUGUUGUAUUUACCCAAUAAAUAUAUUUAAAGCAACAUAAAAAUAUACUUAUUGAUAGUGUGAAGAGAAUACUUUUCUAUGGAAAUAGUGAUGUUGACAGUAUUGUAAACAAUCUGUAAAGAGUUAAAGUUUCAAAGUAAUUUUUGAAUAAAAUUAAAGCUUUAAAAAUAAAGAUUUUUGAAUGGUG